ACACAACAAUGCGAGGACAACGUAUGGAUAGACGUUUCUCUAGCUUUAAAGGUUAAAUUAGCAGCGGUAGUUAUGUAUAUCCGACUCGGAUAGUAAAAAGAAAGAAAUAAAGAAUGACGAAUGACAUUCCACUGGCAUACGGCAAAUGGCAAAGUACAGGAAAAUGUAUUUGUUUCUAUAUUCAUGCUAGAAGCAUCAGAAUGUAUGUAGUCUGAUGUAUUGAAUAAUACCCAGUAAUAAUUAAUUCGACUCCAAAUUGGUUGAUGACAUUUUCUUCACCCUCAAUCUUGCUCUAUUAUCGGGUUAAUCGCACUGCGAUCAAUGCACGUGCAAAGUAAUUACAGCAAUUACGCGCCAAUUUCCAUUUCGAACUCAGUCCGCGCGGUAAUCAUUUAGCUAGCUGAUAGCGAUACUGUAAACAGCCGCUUUUUAAUGUCUCUCCUCGAAGCAUUCUGACGCUGAAAAUAUCAGAUGUACCCGAAGAGGAUCUCAAGUUCCGCCGAAGCGUCUGGGAAGGCAGACUUUGUUUUUUCAUGACGUAAUUUGCAGAAACUAACGGAUGCGUUAGGGGUUUGAAGGUGUCCACUUUGGAAGUUUGUGCUCUGCCUCUGUGUGAACGUCAGUAUGUGUAUCUGGUGGUGCAAUCGAAAGCAGCGCAACUUCAAGGAGCAGGAGGGGCUCUUCUAUUAUUUGAUCCCGCUAAUUGCCAAUGUAAGUGAACUUUAAGCACCGGACACUAGCCGAGGAGGUCUUACCGUACCCGCUGGACUAUAACCUCGACUACUCGCCACUGUUUUAAUUGAGCCUGGAAGAAAAAAAAAGGCUGCAGCUGUGUCACUUUUUCCUUCCUAGAAGAGUCCCCGUGCAGUGUGCCACAUUCAACACGGAGUCAAUCUCACCUAAAACAUGUCCACCAAAUUGUUCCUCUACUUCUUACUUCUGUCAGUGUUUCGUGCAUGUUCUCAAACAGUCGCUUCUGAGGAUGAUGAGUACGACGAUGUUACUGUGAAUCAAAUGUUGGCCCCCAAAACCCACGAGACAGACGCAACGCAAAUACUAAACAACUUACUAAAGGAGUAUGACAAAAAGCUGCGGCCAGAUAUUGGAGUUAAACCGACAGUCAUUGAUGUUGAUAUCUUCGUAAAUAGUAUUGGACCAGUGUCAUCAAUAAAUAUGGAGUACCAGAUUGACAUUAUUUUUGCGCAGACGUGGACAGACAGCAGGCUCAGAUAUAACAGCACUAUGAAAAUAUUGACUUUGAACAGUAAUAUGGUUGGACUCAUUUGGCUACCAGACACAAUCUUCAGAAAUUCCAAGAACGCAGAUUCACAUUGGAUUACUACACCAAAUCAGCUCCUCAGAAUAUGGAAUGAUGGGAAAAUACUUUACACUUUGAGAUUGACCAUAAACGCAGAGUGCCAGCUUCAACUGCAUAACUUUCCUAUGGAUGAACACUCCUGCCCCCUCAUCUUCUCCAGCUAUGGAUACCCACGAGAUGAAAUGAUUUACAAGUGGAGGAAGAACUCGGUGCAGGCGGCUGAUCAGAAGUCAUGGAGACUUUACCAGUUUGACUUCAUGGGCCUGAGAAACACCACAGACAUAAUUAAGACAACAGCAGGUGACUAUGUGGUGAUGACUGUAUAUUUUGACCUAAGCAGACGAAUGGGAUAUUUCACAAUUCAGACCUACAUCCCCUGCAUACUUACUGUGGUUCUCUCUUGGGUCUCCUUUUGGAUCAAAAAGGAUGCAACUCCAGCCAGAACAGCACUAGGUACAUGCUUUAAAUCCAUGUCCUGUCCUGGUAAAUGUCACUUUUGUCAAGGAAUAACGACAGUAUUAACCAUGACAACGCUCAGCACGGUGGCACGGACAUCACUACCCAGAGUCUCGUAUGUCACAGCAAUGGAUCUUUUCGUCACUGUCUGUUUCCUGUUUGUUUUUGCGGCUCUCAUGGAGUACGCCACACUCAAUUAUUACUCCUACAGUGCUCGGAGACCAACCUGUAACAAGACGAAAAGAUCGAACUACUCAGUACUGGAUGUGGGUCCUCCUCCCACAGUUAUCACGCUCAACAACUCCAUGUACUGGCAGGAGUUUGAUGAUGCCUGUGUAUACGAGUGCCUGGAUGGAAAAGACUGCCAGAGUUUCUUCUGCUGCUACGAAGAGUGCAAAGAUGGAGCGUGGCGAAAGGGCCGUGUGCAUAUAGACAUUUUGGAACUCGAUGCAUACUCUCGUGUCUUCUUUCCCACCUCUUUCCUAUUGUUCAAUGUUGUCUACUGGGUAGGCUACCUGUAUCUUUAGCGGUCCCACACACCUCACGACGCAAAGAACUUGACUUUUGGUUCUGUCAGAGCAGACACGACGAACAGACUGAACCAGGACUUUUCAAGGUACGCUAAAAAAAGAGAGCGGAUACCGGUUAUCAGAGUUGAGCUGUGGUGAUUCAAAGACUUCUCCGGUAGGAGAUGAAAAAUGAGACAAUGCUACAGGAACCGAAAGCUACAGCAGAUACAUCAAAACCCUUAAAACCAGGCUGUUUUUAUAUGGUCAAGAAGGAUAUUGCCACAAGCUCUUUAAGUGGUUGCAAUUCUCUGGCAGAUAUCUUUGCCUUUUGUUCUUCAGGUACCAGGGAAAAAAAAAAAAAAGAUUCACGUUCCUCUCACACAAUCUCGUCUUUUUAUGGGUGAGAGAGCAGCUGUAAGAAGUCAAGGUGCGAAAAAUCCUUAGGCCAAGACAGAGUGAGAAAAAAAAUGCCUUGCAUAGCAUGUGACCCUCUGACUUUUGGUGUCUCUUACAAUCCUGGUAGAUCGUUCACUUGAAUGGAAAACUGUCAUCUAGCCAUCAGUCAAAACCAGACCAGCUUUCAUGUAAGCGCAGCUUUCAGAGCCAUCUAUAGUGCCUUCCACUGGAGGAGAAGCCAUCAGGCAGAGAAAUCUUAGAAAUGAUGGCAGGAGCAUCAUCUGGUCUUGACUGACAGCUGAUGGUUUUAUUUUGAAGUUUAUUCAAGCUUUAGUUAUAGUCAUUCAUUAUUUUGAUGCAUUCGACAUGUCUAAACCCAUCCUCACUGCAUGUUAUAUGAUAGAAUUAAGCUCUGCCCUGAAUCAGCACAAUAAUGGCAAGAGAGUAGAUCCAUUUUGAAAUAUUUGGAAUAUUAAUUAGUAUGUAGAUUGCAAAUGUUUGCCUAUAUUUCUAGAUUUUUAUUGCAUAUUUUUGUUUUUCCACACAAAAGACAGAUUAACUAAAGAUUCAAUUAAUAUAUUAUACAGUAGAUUAUACUUUAUUUUAAAAAUACCUAAAGUCUAUUAGCAUCAGUCUAUUAGUUAAAAAGUGCAUGUAUAGAAUGGAUCAUAAAUUCCAUAAAUCCUGAGUUGGCACUGCUCAUGUACACCAAGCAUAGCAAAAUCAAAAGCACCCAAAGGAAAUCUAGGAAAGUGAGUGUCUCUGGAUCUUCAUGGACACUUAUCAUUAUUGUUUACAGAUUUUAUGAUUUUCUUCUAUCUUGCAUCUACAGCCCCAUCCAAUGAUAUGGCAAUACAUUUGACACAUGCAGGGUGGGUAUCACUGCAUAUACUGUAUAGGAUAAUGCAUUCAAAAAGUCAAAUUCUGUCAUCCCUUAUUCACUCUCAUAUACUGUACGUUAGAUUGUCCACUUAUGGAAUACAAACGGAGUAACAGAAUGUCAAAGCUGUGCUUUUCCAUACAAUAACAUUAGUGCUUUUUAAAAAAAGAGAUUGAAAUGAUAGUGACAUGAGGGUGAGUAAAUACUGACAGAUUUGAUCUAUUUAUGUUUGAGUGAAAUAUCCAUUUAGUAAUAAAAGGAGUGUCAGAAUAAUACUCAAUCGAAACAAUCAGUAACACUUUACAGAUAGAUUUCAAUUGGUUAAUGCACUGAAUGCUUUGAAGUAACAACAAAUAACUUUUUACAGCAUUUUAAUAUCAAUAAUAUAAAUAUACUAGUGUUCAUUUUUAAAGUGCCCCUAUUAUGCCAUUUUUAAGGUUGCUAAUAAUACUUAGGGAGUCUCUAGGGCGUCGCUAGGAAAUUUUUAGGGGGGCUAUAGCUAUAAUGACUACUCAGCCCCCCUAAAAUUUUCCCAUCAGCUCCAUAAACUGUACACAAAUUCGUGGCCGCCACAGUCCCCGUUAAAUUUCAUAUAAAAAGUUGACAGACUUAUUGUCUCCUCCCAGUCUUUCAGGGCGUACUUCAAUCGAUAGAGUGAGAAACAGAAGACAAGGUCUGCGUUUAUCAAUAGAUUGUUAUAAUAUCUGCAUCUGUGCCAUUCUUUGUCAUAAAUACAGUUUACCAAAUAUCACAGGGGAGCAGUUGGUUCACCAUCUACUGUAAUCUAAGUUUUCACUGUGUAAAAUGUAAUUUUUAAUAUAAUACAUAUUCCAGUGCAUGUGGCAAAGAGGUUUGCAUACUUGAGCUAGGAAAGAGAGUGGUACUAGAAAUGCAAACAGUAAAAUUUUCAUUUGUACUGUGUGUGUGUGUGUGUGUGUGUGUGUGUGUGUGUGAGAGAGAGAGAGAGAGAGAGAGAGAGAGAGAGAGAGAGAGAGAGAACAUUAAGACUUGUGUUUGGCUUAUUCAGUACUUAUACCAAGGCAAUAUAGUGGAAUGCUACAAUAAGUUUGGUAUGCCACCCCUAUUAGUCAAACAUUUUUUAUUUUAUUUAUAUAUUUCUUUCUUCUUUUUUUUUUUUUAUUAUUAUACCCUCAUGAAAAUGAAAAUGAAAAUCCUAGAAUCGCCCCUGUCCUACAAUAGGUCAAACAACACUUUCUUUUGUCUCAAAAUGUAUGUUUAAUAUCACCUCAAUUUUCAGCGAUUGUUAAAUAAUUUGUUCGAAGCAGUUCAAACAUUCAGUUUCUCUGAACCCCUCCUUUUUGUGAGCCUACUCUGCUCUGAUUGGUCAGAUGACCCAGUCUGUUGUGAUUGGUCUACCGCAGAAAUGAUGCACUCAUCAUCAUAGUUCCACAUUUUGAGCGCUCAAUAGAAAAUAUAAACACCUAUUAUUUAUCGUACUUACAGGUUGAGAUUCAGUGGAGUCAUCUGGUUCAAAUAAACUGGGUAGUGAGCCAUCUUUCAAGAGCAAGAGUUUUGUGAAUCGAUUCGAAUCGAUGUGAAGGAUUACUAACGACUCAUUCAGGUUGUUCAGAGUCGAUUCUUUCUUUUGGGAUACAAAACAUAAUCGCACACUUUCGGCUUUACAGAUCGUUUAUAUUCACAUACAACUACAUUACAGAUUACAGCAUAAUAUGGGCACUUUCAUUCAUAAUACAUUAAUUUAUACAUCUUAAAUGUUAAAAAUGAAUAAGUGUAUGCAUACAUUAAUGUGAAUUUGAAUUAAUAAAUGCAGUGAGUGUAUCUUACUGUUCAUGAUACCCCAUGCAUUAUGUUGGUGAAUUGAAAUUUGUUGUAAAGUGUUACCAAACAUCCUUCAGCACACUGCAGUAAGAAACCCUACAUAAUCACUGUGCUCAUUACCGAACUGUAAUUCACAAUAAGAGUUGUUACUGUGUUGCCUUAGGGUCACCUGCACAGAGAUACUGUGAGAUGAUCCAUUAGAGAAAGACGAAUGGAUUAAUAUAAGGUAUCUACUUCAAAUUAUAGUCAUUACCAAAGGAUUCGCACUAGCUAAAAAAAACAUUCUGAGGCAAUCUCAAACUCUUUUUUUUUCCUGAACUAUGAUUAAUUAUUUUGUAGUCAUGAUCUUCAUUAUCACUAUUGUCUCAUAGGUAAUAUGUUAAUGCGUGAUGCACAUCAGAGGCAAUAUUAUUGUUAUUUUCUUCCUCAAUGAUUGUAGCACAUUUUUUUGGAACAUUUUUCCAUCUGAUACCUCUGUGGUGGGCUGUGGAUUCUACCAUUCUGGCACCAGCUUGAGCUCUAAUACGUCUGACCUACAGAAGGUAUCAACAUUUAAUCAAUCAAGUCAUUUUCCACCUGUCAGUGUUGGCUCUCUGGAACUUUAAUCUCUGAAGUCACAUUUUUAUUUGAUUUCAUCUUUCACAGGAACUCGUUUUAGCAUCACGUAAGUCAAUCUUUUUAAGGAUCGUCUCGAAGUCUGUUAAUGACGUUCUGAUUAACCAGAAAUGUGCUGUGAAUUGCUGCCAAGCCGAUUCUCCUCUUGCAUUUCAUGACGCUAUAGUGAUUUUUUUUUUUUUUUGUUGUGGCUUCUUGAAGGUGUCAAUCCACUAUUGACCUGUUUUGCGAUUCUGUUUGAUGAUAAUCUGUGAGUGCUUCAACAUGUUGUUAUUGCAGCUGUUAAUUCAGUUUGACGUACAAUAAUUAUUAGCCGUUCAUUUAUAGUGGUGCUAGAGCUUCAAACUGACCAUCGUCCGAGUUCAACCAUCAUUCGAGAGCAGUGCAUUUUGCUCUUCACUCCCAAGGAAUCAGACAAAUCCGACUUUUUGCCAAAAAGUCGUGGUAGUUACCUAAAGCCAUAUGCUGGAAUUAAAUCCAAUUAUACUGCUUUUUAUAGUGGCCUAAUAAUGACAUUAAUUCCAAUGACGAAGUACUCUGAGGAAGGAAAUAGAAAAUCUUGUGCAUUAGCCCUUGAUGUAUUUCAAGCUUAUUUGGUCACUUUUUGUCACUGGAUAUCAUUCUUCACCAUUCAAGCCAGGGGGUCUUUUCAGUGCAACGAAUACAGUUGUUUUUGUUUUGUUUUUCCUCGCAAGGAGAAAACGAUUUACACAUUCAAGUGACCUUUAAGAGGGUGGAUAUGCUAUCCUUAAUGAUAUACAACAUGCAUUCACUGAACACUCUAUAGCAUCCUUCCCACAGUCCAGCCACUGAGCAGACCGGAUAAAUCUGGUUCAGAAUCGGUUAUUUUGACUUUCUUUUACAUCCUUGGAAUUUACAUGUAAUUAAUAAAACCUUCAAACUGCAGGUGAAGCGUUAAAGGCUGAUGCCAAAGAAAUCUCAUUCACUGAUCUGCUAUGAAAAUGGCUCCCCCCAGUUCACAUCAUUCAUUUUGCUCCGUAUCUUUGUUGGAAUUUGUUUGUGCAUUACACCACAAUUCCGCACUUUUGAAAGUGUCCGAAACCCUUUUGUUUCAAGUGGUCAGAAUAGUAGCAAUCUUUGAAUACAUCAAUGUCAGUGGCCUGUACUGUUUUUGGGAGUAGUCUUUAAAUAUAACCACUGUACCGAUAGUGAUAACAAUAUUAACAAUAACGAAAACUAUUUUCUCUGUUGCCCCAGUCACACAGACACAUUGUGCACCUCUUUUUCACACGAACACACAACCUUUCAUUGUAGAUUAUUGCUUUGUGUUUACAAUGACAAUUCGGUGUGUAUUUCUCAUGUUUCUAUGGUUUGUGAGUGCUCACAAUGUGCAGUGUUGUCAGUGGGGUUGUCAUUUGGAUUUGGUAAUAGAGGGUUUCUGUGAGUUUUUGGCCUGUCUAUAAACUCAUUUCUAUUUCUCGUGCUAUUUUCAUAUAUGUAGUUCUUUUUAUAAUUGAAUUGUAAAGUGCAGAGGUGACUCAGAAGAUGUGAAAUAAAACUUUGUUUUCUUUUUUCCCAUUUCUGUAUAUCACUGCAAUCUUACCUGCACUUUAUAAGUGACUUAGUUCAAUGUAUUUACAACAAAUUAAAGGUAUUUUGUA